AUGGCCCCUCCCUACGUCCCCACCCCGGAACAAGCAGCCGUCGCCGAAAAACGAAGGGCGGAGAGGGCUGCGAAGAAGGCUGCUAUCGCUUCUGGGGCUAUUGCCGACCCCAACAACGCAAAGGGGGAGGGGCAGGGGCAGGGGGAAGGGGAGGUGGAGUUCUUGAAGAGGGAUUGGGUUGAUGUGGGUCCUGGGCAGGUAGAGGGAGGGGGAGGGGGAGAGGGGCGGAAGCGGAAGGGGGUGAGGAUAUUGACUUGGAAUCUCCUCGCCCAAACCCUCGUCCGAAGGAAACUCUUCCCAGGAUCAGAUUGCCUGAAAUGGGGCGACAGAAAAGCGCUCUUACUCGCCGAGAUGGCGCAUCAUGGGUCUUGUGAUAUUAUCUGUCUUCAAGAAUGCGACAAACACUCCGAGAUAAGCACUGCCCUCCCGAAGCACACUUUCGUGAAGGGUACAGGCCCUCACAAAUCGCAUGGCUUGGUCAUACUCUAUAACAAGGAAAAGUUUGGGGCCGAGUGGAAGGAGCUUGUGCAUCUUGAUUUCGAGGACCUGCAUUCUCCUUCGCAGGGGACGGAGGAGGAGGGGGAGGAGGAUUUGGGAGAGAUAAAAAGGAGGAAGGGCGGGUCGAGGAUGACGAAGAAUGUCGGUCUGAUCGUGGGGCUCAAGUCCAAAAAUGAGAGUGGAAGGGGGAUUGUAGUCGCUACCACCCAUCUCUUCUGGCACCCAAUGUACGCCUACGAACGUACACGACAAGCUCUACUGUUGGUCCGUGCGAUCCGCCGAUUUCAGGGGGUACAUGGGUUGGAGGGGUGGCCCGUUGUUUUUGCUGGUGAUUUGAACACCCAGCCAUCCGAAUCUACCUACUCCCUCCUGACGUCCCCACACUCGCCCCUCCCAGCGUCUUAUGCUGCGCAAGUGGAGAGUUCCAGGAUCGUACAUGACAGCCUCAAGAAAAUGUCAUUUACCGCCCCGCGUACUUCACCCGUCACCACCCACGCCGACGCUUCUAUCCCCCCCGGAACACCCGCCUCCGGCACCUCCACCCCCACCCCCGUCCCAACAAAGACGGACGAAGAAAAGGACGAGGACAGGGAAGACAAGAAAGACGACUCGACCGCCAACUCUCGUGCGCCGCUUGUUUCUGACGGGAUCCCGACGACGGAGGAGAUGGUGGGGCUGUAUAGGGAGGUCUUCCCGGGGAGAGGGUGUGAGAGUGCGUAUGGGUCGACGGGGUGGAGGGUUGGGAGGGAUGUGCCAGGGUUUGGAGCGAGGGGAGGGUUUGGGGAGUUGGAAGAAGGAGGGGGAGGGGAUGAGCCGGGGUAUACGUGUUUUACGCCGUUGUUCAAGUUGACCCUCGAUUACCUUCUACUUCUUCCCCCCCUAUCCCCAUCAUCCGACCCAGAAGCGAGCUUUUCAAAGGUGCUUUUACCGCCGAGAGCGGAGGAGCUUGGGGAGGGGUUGCCGAGGAAGGGGAUUUGCGCGAGUGAUCAUGUGGCGGUGGGGUGUGAGGUUGUUUGGUAAGAUUUCUAGAUGGGG